AUGGAAAAACUUCUACAUUGGUCUAUUGCCAAUUCACAAGGUGACAAGGAUGCCAUCGAAAAGGCUGGGAAGCCGGACCCUAAGCUAUUGGAACAAUUAUUUGGAGGUGGUGGUCAAGAUGACCCUACUCUGAUGGUCGAAAAUAUGAAACUAGUAACUAACCCAGAGGUGGAUUUGGAAAAUAAGUUGAUUGCGAUGGAUAACUUUGAAAUGUUAAUUGAAAAUUUGGACAAUGCAAACAAUAUUGAAAACCUGAAGCUUUGGGAAAGUAUAAUCAAAGUUUUAUCAUACGAAGAAGCAGAGUUACGUUCUAUUGCACUAUCUAUUGUUGGUACUGCUGUACAGAAUAACAGUCAAUCUCAGGACAACUUUCUGGGCCAUGAAGGUGGUCUUGCAAAAAUUAUUACUUUAGCUCAAGACAGGAAUGAACCAUUAAACGUGAGAACUAAAGCAUUUUAUGCAUUAUCUAACCUAGUGAGGAACCAUCCACAUAUGACCAAGGCUUUUAUUGAAUUAAAUGGUCUUGAUAUAAUAUCUCCAGUACUGAAAGAUGAGGCGGCUAAACCAAAGCUAAAGAUGAGAAGUUUCGCUUUAUUAACAGCAGUUUUAUCUUCCACAAAUAUAGAUGAGACUAUAGUAAAGGUACUAAGGAAAGAUGAUAUAAUACAAUCAUCGAUUGGUAAUAUAAACAAAGAUAAUGACAUAAAUAUUAUCGAUAGAGUAUUGGCAUUUUUAUCUCAACUAAUAACUGCGAGAGUAACAUUCACCCCAGAGGAACUGGAAAAUUUAAGCACCGCCUACGGUGAUAUCGAAUCUUUAAAGGACAGAUUGAACGAGGAUGAUUACCAAACAGUCAAGUAUGUAUUAAAUUAA